AUGAGGCGACCAUUGGUGUUAAAGAGUCAGUCAAUACUGCGUAUCCACUCGCAGCUGUCAUUCGAAAACCAAUCAUCGCCAUUUCUUAGGAAUCUUUUAGUCCGAGCUCUUUCUGCUUCCGCUAGUUCCGCUUCCGCAACACCUGUGAACGAAUCCACCUGCGCGGAAGGAUCGGCACUUGCGGAAGGAUCACCCCGCGCGGAAGGAUCACCGCAGGCGGAAGCACCAGCUCGCGCGGAAGGAUCACCGUGCGCGGAAGGCGCAGCAUGGAACUGGAUAUCGCGGCCAGCCGCGCGGGAGGUGGUGCGAAGAGCAGUGGCGGGGGGCGGGGGAGUGGCGGAGGGGGAGAUCGGGUGGGGGAAGCUGCUGGGGGGGCCCGCGCUGGAGGUGGGCGUGCGGGUAUCCGGGAAGGGGCUUCCGCGAAGGAUCGUGGUGGUGCACGGGCCGAGAGGCGUGGGGAAGCGAAGCCUGCUGGAAGCCCCAAACCUCAGUACAGCCCCACCCCUCGAUACAGUCACACCCCCUCCUCAACCGCAGCUAUCUUCUCUUCGCCUGGACAUCGAGUCAGCUCUAGAAACCCUCGUGCUGUGUGCUAUUAGAGAGAGGCGCCUACAGUCACACGACCUGCUGCAGGCUUUGCAGCGGCGUGUGCAUGUGGUAACCGCACUAGAGACGCUUCUUUCAGGGGGGAUUGGGGGAUCUGGGGGGAGGAAUGGGGAGGAAAGGGGGAGGUGUGAGGGAAGGCAGGUGGAGGAGCUUUGGGAGGAGUCGUUGCAAUUGGUGCAGGGGAGGUUGCAGGGGCAACAGGCGCAGGAGGAACAGCAGCUGGCGCAGGAGAAGCAGCAGCAGGCGCAUUUACAAUCUGUGAGAGGAACCCUUUCAGGUGAGAGGAACCCUUUCAGCUAUUACUCUGAUCAGCUGUCUGCUGAUUUUGGCACGCAGGCUCUUUUCCACCCACACGAGCUCUUUGGUUGGCUUCCGGAGGAAGCUUCCGUGCACCUGGUUCCGUCCACCUUCACCCCACUCCAGUGGAGGGUGGUGGAAGCUGCGAUUGGCUCCAACCCGCGCCACCUGGCGGAGUUUCAUUCGCUGUGGGCUGGCUGGCGGGAAGAGGAGGACGAGUUUGAGCGCGUGGAUAGCUGCAUUGACCAUUACCUGGCCUACCUGCAUGCGACGGAGGUUGAACCAGCCAUGCAAGCAGCACUCACACACCUCGAGAGGUUCGGAGAGCAGCUAGCUUCGGGAGAACAGCCUCGGUGGGCGGCUAGGUUUGGCAGCCCCUGGGGCAAUGCGCCAGGAACGUGGGGCAGGCGGUGGGUGGAAUGGAGGGAGGGGAGAAGAGGAAGAGAUAGAGUGAAAUGGAUACCAGAGUUUGGUUAUGGGAUCAAUAAAGGGGAUGUGCAUGGGAGGCAGGAAGCAUUACAAAGAGACACGCAGGGAGAGAAGGAAUCAAGGUUUACCAAGGAGGGUGAAGUGCCAGAAGAGGUUUCUGCGAGGAGUGGGAAAGAGGAGGAGGAAGAGGAGGAGGGAUGGAUGGAGGAGGAGGAGAAAGGGGAGUAUCGACGGCAGCUGAGGGAGUGGGCGCGGUUUCAGAUGAUGGAUUUCGUUUAUGCACUGGCAACUGCCGAGUUCGGGGUGAAUUAUGGCAAAGACUCAGGGGAAGAAUUUAUGGAGGAUCCAGCAGCUGCUGCGCUUCUCAAGGUGGAGCUGGUUCGGCUGAGGGAAGCCAACGUGCGACUUGAAGCGGAGGUGUCUCGCCUUCGAGACAAGUCGGACCGUCUGGAGGGGGAGAGGCGGCGGCUGUCAGCGCGGCUGGCGGCGGUUCACACGGCAAUGCAGCAGCUGGAGAGGGAAGCUGCUAUUCGGAGCCGGACGCGGGCAGAGGCCACUAUGGGAGCCCAGCAGAAGGUACUAUGCGGGCGAAACCCGAGGUGUCUUGUUCACACGGCGAUGCAGCAGCUGGAGAGGGAGGAGGCUAUUCGGAACCGGACGCGGGCAGAGGCCACCAUGGGAGUUCAGCAGAAGGGAUGGAACCAGCGGUUCAGCGGUGAUCCCAGUGCCAUGGAGCGAGUGCCAGAGACAGCAGAGGACGCCAGGGGGUGGAACCGGUGGUUCAGUGGGGAUCCCAGUGCCAUGGAGCGAGUGUUAGAAACAGCAGAGGACGCCAGGGUGGAGAGGGCGGCUGCUGCUGCCACUGUGGAGAAACUCGUGGAGGAAAACGCUCGCCUGGUGCAACAGAUGAACGAGCAGAAGCUGCUGAUAGCGAAUCUGGUUACCACCAUGCGGACCACCACCAUCCCAGGAACCCCUGCUGGGGUCCCAGCCAGCUCUCAGGGCAUGCAUGCUGGCCUCUCUCCUAUGCUUACUCAGCCUCUGCCAGCUCAUGCCACGUCAGCAGCAGGAAGAACAACGGCAGCAGCAGCAGCAGUAGUGGAGGAUAACUCCCCCUCUUCCUCCUCUGCACACUCCCAGCUGUCCUUCCCCACCUCCUCUCUCUCCACCCCCCCUGCUUCUUCUCAUGAGCUUCCUUUCACAGGAAGAUCAGCAGCAGCUGCAUUGGCAGCACUGCCAGUUCGUGCCACGUCAGCAUCUGAGUACACCCUCACAGCUGACGUGGCAGGGUUGGGUUCAGUGGAUCAAGCAGCAUUGGCAGGGGGUGUGGGUGGUACCCAGGGAAGGGUCCCAGCUGCUCAAAUGAGCCAGAAUGUUCAGGACGAGUCCUCCAGGUCUCCAUCCCCGCGCCCAACCGCUCUGCACCCUUCUGCACCGUUUCCGGCUGCAACGAAUGGUGGUUCUUACACUGCCACAGAGCAAGCAUUCCCGGUUGCCAGAGAUGGUGGUUUCCAAACUGCCACUGGUACAGCAUCCGGUGCUGCCAGGGAGGAUUCUAGGGACAGUCACGGUACCUUUCUCACAGCAAAUGGCCCCUCUGCUUUCCUGCAAUCCGCACACUCGUCCUCCUCGUCCCUUGCUGCAGAUGCCUCCUUACUCCUGCCUGUAGUGCGCAGUGCUCCUCCUCCCUCUGCGGCUCUGUGUGCGCAGCAGCCUACCCCUACUCUGUCUGAAUCAUCCAGCCGGUAUCCUGCCAUCUGGCCCGUGACUUACAGUGAGAGGGAAUUGGAAGGAGCAGGAGGGGGAGGAGGAGGAGGGGUGGAAGGAGGGGGUGGAGCAGUAGCUCUGACUGUAGGAAAUGGGACUGUAGGAGACGUGAGGGCACGAGGGAUGGUGGAUGAAGCUGGGUCUGUUGUGGCUGCUGGCAGUGGGGCUGGUGGUGUGGGCUUGGUUGGUGCUGGUGAAAUUGCGGUUAGGGGAGCAGGGGGUGUGGAGCGGAAUGAGGUGUCGCUUAUUGAUUCGCCGCUUGUCGGUGCGCCGUUUAGGCUGGCGUUUUUCCUGGUGAAGGUGGUGAGUAAGACAGGGAUUGUUCAGAGGCUGGCAGGCAGGCUGGUGGGGGGGAGAAAUAAGGACUUGGGGGCAGGUGGAGAGACACAGAAUGUCAAUGUGGACAGAGGAGUUGGGUCGUCUGUUGGCAUGCUUUAG